ACAAGGCGAGAGCGAAGUGGCAACGGGGGGAAGCGGCGGCUCAUUUAGAUAGACAGGAAGGAGCGGGGAAAUAAAACCUAAUGUAUGCCACUCAGUUGCGGACUAGACAGACAGAACCUGAGAAUAAAGAAAUAAAAAAAAAACAAAAUAAAGGUUGGUUUGAAUUUAUAGCUGCCGGGCUGUCGAGUGGAAACAAAGACAGACGGAGAGGACUGCACGCUGAGAGGAGCCUCAACAAGCUGUGUGUGACUCCCCACACGUGAGGAUAAGAAGAAAACAGAAGAGUCAACCAGCUUUCCUUCCUUUCCCCUCCUCGUUCUCUCCAUCUCCUCAUCCUCCUCUGAAGGGUUGAAGCCAUGCCCAUCGUUUCUGCAAAUACAGGGCUGCAUGAGACUCUGGCCAUCCUCACAUCUCAGCUCCACCCUGAUGCCAACCACAAGGAGGACCUGGUCUUCCUCAGAGACGUCUUCAGUGAGAAAGGCAUCGGUUACCUCAUGAAGAUCCACGAGCGGUUAAAGCUGUAUGAGAAGUACAGCCCCACUCCGGUCCUACACAGCGCCUCCUGUCUGGCAGAGGAUCUGGCAGAAGAGCUUCAGAGUGGGCCGCUGCAGGAUGACGAGCGAGAGCUGCUCCUUUUGCUGAACACACCUCACCUGAAGGCAGUGCUGUCAGCUCACGACAUUGUUGCCCAGAAGAAAUUUGACCCGGUUCUUCCCCCGUUGCCAGAAGAUUUGGACGAUGACUUUGAGGAAGAGUCUGUGAAGAUCGUCCGUCUGGUUAAGAACAAAGAGCCUCUGGGAGCAACCAUUCGGAGAGACGAGGCCACCGGUGCUGUAAUCGUGGCCAGAAUCAUGCGGGGAGGGGCGGCUGACCGCAGCGGUCUGGUCCAUGUGGGAGAUGAGCUGCGAGAGGUGAACGGAAACCUGAUCACUCACAAAAGGCCUGAUGAGAUCAGCCAGAUCCUGUCUCAGUCUCAGGGCUCCAUCACUCUGAAAAUCAUCCCAGCUGUUGCUGAAGAAGAUCGACUGAAGGAGAGCAGAGUCUACCUUCGCGCUCUGUUUGACUACACACCUUUUGAGGACAAGGCAACGCCGUGUCAAGAGGCGGGACUUCCUUUCAAGAGAGGGGAUAUCCUGCAGGUGGUCAGCCAGGAGGACGCCACCUGGUGGCAAGCCAAGAAAGUGGGCGACUGCAACCUGCGUGCUGCCCUCAUCCCCUCCAUUCAGUUUCAGGAGAGGCGUCUGAGAUACAGAAUGAAGAUGAAUUCCCUUCCUGCUCCUCUGUCUCCCAAAGCUCCAACAUAUGAUCGGACAGAGAAAGAAGACUGUGACAGUAAAAGUGCUCUGAAUGGAAAGGAUGUAGUUUCUCCCAAGAAUAAGGCAGCUCCUGCCUUCUGUGGCCAUGCUUUCUUAUGGGAAUUUUACUCAGCCAGUUUACGCCGAAGUUUCAGGCUGAAAAAAGAUCGACAGGGUUCACCGGCAGAUGCCCAAACGCCAGACGGCCAUCGGACGGACUUCCGGAUCUACGAGGAAGUUACGCAAUAUUUGCCACGCCCUGGAGAAAAGCCCCGCCUCAUUGUACUGAUAGGUUCGCUAGGAGCUCGGGUCACGGAGCUAAAACAGAAGGUGAUAGCAGACAAUCCUCGAUGGUUUGGUCUGGCUGUUCCCCACACGACCCGAGCCAGAAAGACUCAUGAGAGAGAAGGAGUGGAGUAUCACUUCAUCAGCAGAGCAGCUUUUGAGGCCGACAUCCAGAAUGGGAAGUUUAUUGAAUAUGGGGAGUAUAAAGAGAAUCUGUACGGCACCAGCUUGGAGUCCAUUCAUAAAGUUCUGAGUCAGAACAAAGUCUGUUUAGUGGAUGUGCAGCCAGAGGCCCUGAAGACUCUGCGAACGGCUGAGUUCAAACCAUACAUCAUCUUCGUGACGCCUCGCUUCCCCGACAGCCAAAGAAAACACUUCGGCUCCUCUUCCUCUCUCAGCGCCGGGAUCACGGAGGAGGACCUCCAGGAAAUGAAGCAGUCUGCAGAGAAGAUGGACGAGUGCUACGGCCAUUGGGUGGACUACGUGUUGGUGAAGGAGGACCCAGUGAGUGCCUUAGCGGAGCUCCAGGUGGCGCUGGAGAGGGUGCAGACGGAGCCGCAGUGGGUUCCUGUGUGCUGGGUGAGGCGUUAGCCUGAUCAACUUCCUGAUAAACGGAGACCACUGUGCAAGGACCCACCGCUGUGGGGGGGGGUCAAAUGUUUACUGCCAUGUAACCAUUCCACACUUAGAGAAGGACCGCCAUAAAAAACAGAAAAAUGUUUCUGAUAGUUGAUGCAGUCACAGGAAAAAUAAGUACACCUUGUUUUGACAGACUCUUAAAGGGCCAGCAUACAUUUUCCACUUAGUGCCAUUUUAUAGCACCAUCAAGUAACUAUGCUAGUUUCUGAUAUAAAAAUGCUGUAUGACUUUGUAAUUUAAGGAAGUAAAAUUAUUAAAACGCCACCUUCAGGAAAUCAUCACAACAUGGCUCCUCUAUUAACCCUUUAAUAUUUUUACCAGCACUGCAUUUAGCAGUAGCUCAUAUAACGAGCUCAGCAGUUCCCCCUGAGGUGUUUACUAAUUGCUGCUGGCUAGUCUGAAGGAGCUGAAUGAGCUGCUCUGUGAAGCAGAAGCUUGAAAGCCUCAGCUCUGAGGAGGAGCUGCGUCUCGAAGGCGACGCCCCCAUCCAGAGGUUUUGCACAGCUGAAUGGUUGCCAUGGGAGAUUCAGGGAUUUCUGAUACGUGCAUGAAAGAAUCAAGGCCACAUAAAGCUCUGGAAAAAAUGAAGAGCCCACUGCACUGAACCGCAUUGAAAACCUCCUGGUUAUUCCACCAAAUACUGAUUAGUUAAAACAUUAGUAUUGUUGUUUAUAAAUGAAUAUGAACUUGGUCCUCUUUGCAUUAUUUGAGGUCUGAAAGCACUGCAUCUUUUUUGACCAUUUCUCAUUUUCUGCAAAUGAAUGCAAAAUAUUUGCUUUGAAUUUUAGAGAUAUAUUAGUAGUUCAUAGAAUAAAAGAACGAUGUUCAUUUUACUCAAACAUAUACCUAUAAAAAGCAAAAUCAGAGAAACCCAUCAUUUUAAGUGGUCUCUUAAAUUUUUUACAGAGCUGCAUGUGUUUUUGAGUAACAUUAUGUGAUGCAACUCUAAAUUUAUUACUGAUACACCUUCCCUACUGGUCUUAAAACACACCUGGAGAUAAAGAAAAAAUAUAUAUUUAGCAAAGAUUCCACAUAUAGAUGACUAACUUAUCUUUGUAAAAUCCUCUGAAAGCAGCAAGGUGUACUUAUUUUCCUAUGCCUGUUACAGUUAAGGAAACUUUCUUUCCAGUGGCUAAUUGUGUCGUUAUUGCAAAUAAAGUCUGCAGUGGCUGCCGGGUUGCAGGUGAGACUGUUGUAGUGAAGCAGUGCUGAUGUACUUACUGCAUAUCUAAAGUACAGCGGUAGCUAACUGCAGGACCAAGUUUCAGUCAAUGUCACAGAUCUGUUGUGGUCAGUUAUAGAAGACCUGUUUUAAUAGCAGCUAUACUGUGAAGUGCCAUAAUGAAUGUGUUGAAUUCACACAGGAAACCGUUGUAACCUGUGAGCUGACAGAAUAAAUCUGCCCUGCUGGAUAAAUCUUAAGUUUGGUUUAUUAAAUAUUUGGAAUAAAAUAAAAUAAAAAAACUAAUCAAAUAUCACCAGGGAAACUA